ACCGAGAAGCCGAGGUUUAGUAGACGGUAACCCGGAGCGACUUUGCAGCGAACAUGGCGGAUGUACUGGAUCUUCACGAGGCUGGCGGGGAGGACUUCGCUAUGGAUGAAGAUGGGGACGACAGUAUCCACAAACUGAAGGAAAAGGCCAAGAAAAGGAAGGGCAGAGGAUUCGGUGCAGAUGAAGGCACCAAAACGAGGAUCCGGGAAGUCUAUGACAGUGUGGAGCAGGAUGGAGACGAGCCGGGACCCCAGAGAUCUGUGGAAGGCUGGAUCCUGUUUGUCACCGGGGUGCAUGAAGAGGCCACAGAGGAGGAUAUACACGAUAAGUUUGGCGAAUUCGGUGAGAUCAAGAACAUCCACCUGAAUCUGGACCGGAGGACGGGUUUCCUGAAGGGCUACGCACUGGUGGAAUAUGAGACGUACAAAGAAGCUCUGGCGGCCAUGGAAGGGUUAAACGGACAAGACCUCAUGGGGCAGCCGGUCAGUGUAGACUGGGGAUUCGUGAGAGGCCCCCCGAAAGGAAAGAGGAGAAGUGGGAGGAGGAGGAGCCGAAGCCCAGAAAGAAGACGACGUUAGAUCUAAGUACCGCCCCUUUUUUUGCACAUUGGAUCACUGAUCUGCCAAUCGUAAUGUCCCCCCUGUAUCUGGGCAGGUCGUUGGUUCAGUGACCGUUUUCUUGUGUGGCCCUAAAGGAAGGUUUUUAAUUUCGCAAAAAUGUCUGUUACCACUGCUGUGGCCCCAAUUCAUUGUGGGGUACAAAGGAGUUGCCCCUAAUAUUCUUACCAAUAAAGUCUUUUUAUGUUACUCGUC